CAAAACAAACAUGGAGCAGAAGUAACAUUUGGAACAAUCCGUCAAUCCACACGAGUGACGUUAGAGUAUGCAAUGCAUGGUUUAGAUGACAGAAAUGGAAGCAAAACAAAGCCGUGCUGCGCACAGGAAGAGAGACCAAUUAAAUAAUGAUGAUAAUAAUCCUUGUCUGAAGGAGCAGGAAAUGUCACUCAAAUGCUUAGGUGCCAACAAUUAUGACAAAGACGCAUGCAGUAAGCAUUUUGACAACUACAAUGCGUGCAAGAAAUUCUGGGAUGCUGUUAGAUCAGAUAGAAGAGUGAAAGGGAUUGUCCCUUAUUUACCACCAGCAGAAGAAAGGGAAAAAGUUAAAGAAGAAUACAUUGCGACUCUAAGGAGAUAGUAAAGUUGUAGCUGUAUAGUUAAUUGUAAUAAAUAUGUUUUAUAUUAUCUAAAA